GUUAUCGCGGCUUUUAUUCACAGUACUAAUGAGCAGCAGUCAAAUAUGAAGGUCAUAUGGUAGUGAAGAUGAUCAGAUCGAGAAGUUAAUUGCGUAACGCUGCUUAUUGUUGCGCCUCAGUAUCUGCAAUGGAAAACACAAGUGGUCAAAUAUUUAUCCUACUUUGUAAAUGUGUUCAUUUUCUCCAAGCUACGACCCAGUUCGUCGUCAAAAGAUGGACCCCGGAGUUCAUUAAAAAUGCUUUGAAGUUUACUGCUGAGAUAGGAAAUGUAGUUAGCAGAUUGGCAGAUGACGAAAUUUUGGCGGUUCAACUCUUCCUACAAGACCUGAGUACUAUAUUCCCUCAUUUCGCAUCAUCUGUUACUUGCUUCCAACUUGUAGAUGCAGUCGAUUGGGCUAUUGAGAGUCUUUGUAGCAAUCCGUACCUUUCACAAACAAAUCGUGAUUGUAUCUUUGAGUAUUGCUUAGAUACCAAUCGCAAAUUACCCCACUUUAACAGAUACUACUCGGAGCUACACUUUAUACCGAAUGAUUUGUUGCUGAUUAUUGAAUCCCGUUUAUUUGGUUCACACAUCUCUUCAAUAAAGACAUUUACUGAGACAGAAAAAUAUUUGGAUUCAUGUUUCGCAUUGGAUAAUAGUUAUACCAUACAUUUACUUAUUCGUGUACUAGAACAGUCGGAACAAUGUGACAAAUCAGAUGCUUUACGUACUAUUAUUAUUCACUGGCUACUUGUUGCUAUCCAAAAGGAUUAUGAGGCGUAUGUUUCUCUGGCUUCAUACAAUCCUGAUCAUUUACGUGAUUUGGCCAUACAAUUUCCUGAUUUUGGAAGAGUUAUAUUAAAGCUGUUUGAUGAAACUGAACAUAUACGAUUCGAAAAAGUUGGGUCAGCGGAAAAUAAUCAGUGCACACUGAUAAUGGACUUAUUAAUUAAUUUAUUUAAACGAAUUAUUUUCAUUGAUCAUUUAAAUCCCCUCCUGUUAUCGCAAAUAAACCGAUUGGCAAAAAAGAACAAUUCUGAAGCAGAAUUUUGGAAUUCUGUUGCGUGUGCUAUAAAUAUGUCUUAAAAUGAUGUUAAAUAAAAAUGAUACAUAUUAAUGUGAUUGUUGUUUUGUAAGACUUUUUUCCAUGUUUUAUUUUUUGGUUAUUACCUUUUGCUGUUUGUGUUAUUAGCUUCGUAAAUUGGCCUUAAUUAUAUUAUCCAUGGAAGAAUUCCUCAAACUUCCUAGCCGAUGCCUUUGUGGAAUCUAUUAUUUUCAAAAGUUUUCACAGUAUUCAAAUUAUUUCUGUUAAAC